AGAGGGUAAGGAGCGCGGACCCCGCUCAGUCUUUCCUAUCCAAUGCACCACGGUGAAGGCCCACACACGUGCAUCCGCUAGCCACCUACACGACUCUUUCUCAGCCUCUACUCCCCUUUUGUCUCGUCCGAACACACGCCAGCAAUCAUGGUCAAAUUAGCCAAGGCAGCAAAUAAACAAGUAAACCAGAAGAAAAAAGCUCCCCCGCCUCCGAAAGACGAGGAAUUGAGUGAAGAGGAGAGCGGCGAGGAGGAAGAGGCUCCUCCCCCAAAAGCGGUAAAGAAAGCGACACCAGCGAAGGCCACCAAAGCUGUUAAAAAUGGCAAAGCCGUCAAGAAAGCUGAAAGUGAGGAUGAAGAUGAGUCAGAAGAGGAAGCACCACCCCCGAAGAAAGCUGCUGCUAAAGCUGCACCUGCCGAAGAGUCCGAUGACGACGACGAAGAUGAUGAUGAUGAAGAGUCUGAAGAGGAAGCCCCACCCCCCAAGAAGGGAGCCAAACCCGCUAAGCAAGUGAAAGGCAAAGCUGCAAAGGAGCCUUCAGAUGACGAAUCAGAAGAAGAGGCCCCACCUCCUAAAAAAACUGCAGCGAAGCCAAAGGCCAAGCCAGCUAAGCAGGAUGAUGAUGAUGAUGAAGAUGACGACGAUGAUGACGAAGAAGAUGAGUCUGAAGAGGAGAUGGAUACCACACCUGCCCCAAAAGCCGCCAAGGCAAAGAAAGCGGGCAUGGUGAAAGCCGAGGAAGGGUCGGAAGAGGAAGACGAUGAGGAUGAGGACGACGACGAUGAGGAUGACGACGAGGAAGAUGACGAAGAGGAAGCCCCAGUUACCCCUGCUAAAAGGAAGGCCGAGGGUAAGGACACACCACCUGCCAAGAAAGCAAAGUCAGAUGGCGAAGGUUUCUGUUUGUAUAUUGGCAAUCUGAACCCUGAGAAGGACUUUGAUGAAAUCAAAUUGGCGCUAAGAAAAUUUUUCUCCAAGAACGAUAUCGAGAUCGCUGAUGUCCGGUUAGGCGGCUCCAGGAAAUUUGGCUAUGUAGACUUAGAAUCUGAGGAGGAGGUGCAGAAAGCAAUGGAGUUGAAUGGCAAGAAGUUUAUGGGCCAGGAGAUCAAGCUGGACAGGGCAAGAAGCAAGGAUAACGCGGCUUCUGGAAAGAAAGAGAGGGAAGCACGAACACUUUUUGUCAAAAACCUUCCCUUCUCUGUUACGGUUGAGGAAUUGAAGGAGAUCUUUGAAGAGGCAGUUGAUGUCCGGAUCCCUCCUGGCCAGAACGGCUCCAACAGAGGCAUUGCCUACCUUGAGUUCAAAACUGAGGCUGAGGCAGAGAAGACGCUAGAAGAGGCACAGGGUUCCGACGUGCACGGGAGGUCUAUUAUUCUAGACUACAUAGGAGAGAAAAGCCAGAAAGCUGCUCCUAGGGCACAAGCAGCUGGAGCAGCAACCGCUAAAACAAUAGUGGUGAAUAAUUUAUCCUUCAACGCCACAGAGGACAUCCUGCAGUCCACGUUUGAGAAGGCCGUUACCGUUAAAAUGCCACUUAGAGACGAUGGCAAGCCUAAAGGCUAUGCUUACUUAGAGUUUGAUAGCAUAGAAGACGCCAAGGAAGCCAUGGACACUUUAAACAACACAGAGAUUGAAGGCCGCUCAGUCCGGCUGGAGUACAAGGGAGAAGGAGGCAGAGGAAACUCUGGUCCAACAAAGACACUGUUUGUCAGGGGUCUCACAGAAGAUACUACCGAUGAAACCCUCAGGGAAGCUUUCGAAGGUGCUGUGGGUGCUAGAAUUGUCACAGACCGAGACACAGGGUCUUCCAAAGGCUUCGGCUUUGUGGACUUUGACACGGAGGACGAUUGCAAGGCAGCCAAGGAAUCUAUGGAAGACGGCGAGAUCGAUGGAAGCAAAGUGACCCUCGACUAUGCCAGGCCCAAGGGUGACGGCGGAUUCCGUGGAGGCCGUGGGGGAGGUUUCGGACGUGGCGGCGGCUUCAGAGGAGGUCGCGGAGGUGGCUUUGGCGGCCGAGGUGGCGGUUUUGGUGGUCGUGGUGGUGGCGGCUUCGGCGGCAGGGGGAGAGGAGGUCCUCGUGGAGGUGGUCGCGGACGUGGUGGCUUCAGAGGUGGACGAGGAGGCGGCGGAUUUGGAGGCAGGCCCCAGGGAAAGAAAACCACGUUUGAUGACUAAAUCCUUUAGUCUUUUACUUUUUGAAAGGACUCUGUUUCAUCAGUUUUCAGAGCUUUUGGACAUUCCAGAAAGUGUCGCUAUUUAACUGUAAAUGGGCAUUUUAGCCCUUAUAUUUAGAACCCUCAAACUUGACCCGACCUCCUUGUGCCAAAAUGGCACGUUUGACCUUUCAACUCAUGUGAGAAGUGAAUGUCUUGAACGAUAUCCAACAGCACCCCUUCACGUCUUUAGUUUGUGUUUCUAAAGGAGUGAAAUGUAUGUAGUGGAUCUGGCAACCAAAUUUGCUGUGAAAACUGAGCUAGUCGUGUUUUUUUUUUCUGUUUCCCAGAUACAUACAUGUGUAAAUUAAACAGUUUGUAUGAUUUCCAUUUUACCAUUUGUAAAAUACACUUGUAUCCACUUUUUGUUUUUAUCGUUUAUCAGUUAGUUUGCUUUAGUCCUGCUUGUAUGUAAUGUGUAAAGCAUAUUUUGAUAAGAGGAUUUGAGUCUACUCAAGAGUUUGGUGUUACUAUGGAAAAAAGUUUUCGUGUUUAUUGGGAUAUGAUCUUGUUCGAGUUGAAGGAUGAGUGCACCUCUGUGUAACAUAACUUGUAGUGUUAAACUGUUUCCCAUCUGAGAAUCUAAUUGCCUCAUUGAAUAAACCGCACAGGUGAUUUUUAAA